UGAAAAAAAAAAAAAAAAAUUUUUUUUUGCUGGUACCAAAAACAGAAAAUACCGUAUUUUCACCUAUAUAGUUGUAAAAAUACCGUAUCGAAAAUUUUACUCGUAUCUUACGGUAUUUACAUAAAAAAAUCGGUAAAAGGCAUAUUGAAGGAUAGAAUUUAUUCACAACAAUAUCAAUCAUUUGGCGACAAAAUAUCAAUUUGAAAAUGGAGAAAUAUCACAAUAUAAAAUCUUUUAUUGUUACUGCAACCGAGUACUCAAGAAAUCCAAGUGAAACAACAGCAUCUGUUUUACAACGAAAUCUUAAUGCAAUCAAAAUAUCAGCAGAUCUUACAAUUUUUGAUCCUGGCUCCAUAAUAUUAUCCGAAUUUUAUUUAAGUCUUUAUAACUUGACAAAAACCCUUGAAUCAAAAACAUCAUUGACAUGGUGUACGCUGGACGUUCUUCAACAUGUCUCUAAGAAUUUAGCUGCUCGUCAAACUUUGAUACACACUUACAAAUUUUACCAAGUUCUAGCACGUUUAUUAGAAUCAAAUUUAAUAACAGAAAAACGCAUAAAGGUCCUAAAAUUACUUCAAGAAUUGACUUAUGGAAUAAAAAUUCAUUGGCAAGAAGCACAUAUACCCUCAUUGAUGAAUAUUUUAACUCAAUGGAUUAUGCAAUCAAAAGAAGAAGAAAUAAUAACAUUGUCAUUAGGAAUUUUAAUAAAUCUUUGUUACAAAAAUAUUUCUGUAAUCCACACGUUAAUGAGAACAAUCGAUGCAAAAGCAUUUCACAGAAUGUUACUCAAGCUUCAAAGCUCAAGUGUAAAUACUCGAGUUCAAUGUUGCAAAAUUCUCAUGAUUAUGGAACAAGAGAGUCAAGAUAUUCCUGAAAAGUUCAUAUUUGAUUUUGUAGAUAUAACUUUUCGAUCUUUGGUAUCAGCAUUAUCAGAAAAAAAUGUACUACUUAUUCAACAUAUUGUUGAAUUUUUCGAUGAUAUCAGGCAAAAUGAACAUACAAAAAAUGCCUUAGUUUCCUGUACAAACUAUACAAAUUACGUAAAGAAUAUUUUGAAUCAAUUAGAUAUCAUGACUGAUUCAGAAUGUGCUGCUCUUGUUAUUGAUUUCUUUAUAUCCUUAAUGAAACUAAAAUUGACAGAAUUUAUUUCAUUGUAUAAAUAUUCAUUAAAAAUUGCAAUAAAAUGGAUUCCAGUUGAUCGAGUCUCAAACAAAGCACUUUCAUUGAUCAAACAUAUUUUGGUUGACAGCAGAAGAACUAAACAUUUACCUGAUCUUUUGAGUGAAAUUGACCUGUCAAUAAUAAUGCUGGCUCUUGGAUCAGAAGAUGAUGUAAUGGAAGAAACUCGAGAAAAGAGAAGCCUCGAAAAAAAUUUGAAAAUUUCAGAAUUAUUGCAACUACUACAAGAACUUAUAAAAAUUCAAAAUUUCCGAGCACAAGUGGUACAAAUAUUUACGGAGCAAUCUAUGAAAAAAUUAUUGAAACCCAUUUUAGAAAAUGACAUAAAUUCCGAGUUAGAAUGGCCUGGGAAUUUAUUUCAAGAUUCUUCUGUAUCGAUGUACAUUUAUGCAUUGUCAUUUACUGCUGAUCUUGCAGUUCAAGAUUCAGACUGGUUGAGGCUGUACUCAUCAUUAAUUCAAAAUAAACAAAUACAAAUGAUAAUCGCACUUGCUGUAUUCUGGGGUGAUGCUGAAGUUAAACAAAAAGCUCUUCUAUUAAUGUCAUCUGUUGGAUUUCCCCAAGAAUGUGUAUCUGCUGUUUCAAAAUGCAUGGUUGAAUUGGAGCCUUUAGUACUAGUUCAAACUAAAACUGGAAUAACAUCUGGGCUAACAUUGAAACAAGAGACGUCUUUUAAUACCAGUAUAGUUCGACUUUACUCUUUGUCACAGGAAGAACAACUAGAUGAUAUUUUAGAUAAAUUGAAAGAGGCUUUUAACGAAAAUAAAUUCACAGACAUAACUACAUCUGCUAUCAUGGAGCUUUAUGAAUACAAAUUAUCUGCAAUGAGACAAACGGAACGACUAAAUCAAGCAAACUUAGAAGCUGCUGACAAUCAUGCAAUAGGCUUACAACACAGGUUAACUCAGAUUGUUGCUGAGUCAAGUAGACUGCAUCAAUUACUUUUCCACAAUCAACAAAGUCUUGAAGGAUUGAAACAUGAAAAAAUUAGAUUAACACAAAAACUUCAAAAAGCUGAAAUUGAAAGUAAAAAAAUUCAUCAAAUUCAAAAAAAAGAAAUUCAAGGGUUGAAGAAAAUUGUUGAAGAUAAAUCGAAAAUAAUUGAACAGUUGUCAAAAUUAGAAAAAGAACUUAAUGCUGCAGUCGAUAAAAUCAAAUUCUUUGAAGAAAGAAAUACAGAUCUAGAGAUGCAAAAAAUGAGUUUGAUGAAUGAAGGACGUGAAAAUGCUGAUAAAAUCAAAGAAUUGAAUAAACUUAUGACUAAACUUCAAGAUCGGCUUGCCAAAAGAGAUCAAGAAAUUCAAGAAAAAAAUAGAGAAAUUGAAAGUAGUCAAGAGAGUAUGGCAGCUCUAAAACAAGAGAAUGAAGGGCUUCUCAGAACAUGUAGAAAUUAUGAACAGACAAUUGCUGAGAAGGAAGAUAGUGUUGAGAGGAUGACAUCAGAACUGGUUGAUCUCAGUCGAAUGAGAGACAUGAUUUAUCAUCUCACUGCUAAAAAAAAAGAUGAAAAGAAUGAAACAACAUAAUAUAUUAUUUUGUUAAUUGUUUUCAUUAAUUUGUGAAUAAAGAAGCAAAGUGACAACAAUUUUUUCGUAUUGUUUUAACAUAUUUUUUUUAUUAAUUACAUAUUCAAUUUUCUUACAUUAUUAUUACUCUGUAUAUUGAAUUUUUUUCAAAUACUGUUUAUUAUAUAAUUAUUAUCUUUUCACAUAUAAAUUUAACAAUAAAAGUUUUUUCAUCGAAAUUUUUUUUUUAAAUUACACUUUUUUUUUUAUAUAUAUUGACUAUUACAAUAAAUUUCAAAAGUUAUUCAGAAGAUUCAACUUUUUGUGCGUUCAAAAGUAUAUUCAACAAAUUGGUUCAUAUUUAACAACUAAAAUGAUAACAAAGUAUUAUUUAACUUAUUGACCGAAAUAUAAUUGUCUUUUGCUAGAAAUGCAAUAAAUACAAAAGAACUAUAAAAAGUAAUUGUAUCAAGGGUACAAAAGAUGCGAUAAAUAUUAAGGAAUAAAUUUGUGACUUCAUCAAUUAUUAAUCACACAUCUAAUUUUUUUUUUUACUCGGUGCGUUAUAAAAAUUGUACUUUUCGUUUUCAAUAUAAUUUAUUGUAUUAAUAUAAUUCUAAACAUUAUGAUUUCUCUUUCUAUAUUUCUGGAGUUGAAAGACUAACUGAUAAUUUGUAUAUAGCUAGCAUUUACGUGAAAAUGUAUUAUUCGAUACACUUUGUUACCGACAAUCAUUUUUUUUUUAUAAUCUUAAUUUCAUACUGAUUUCAAGAUACUUAUUACCAUUUGUACUUCAAUAUUUUCGAUAAUGAUUCGAUUAUUUAUGUUUCCCGAUUCCGGUAAAGUGAAUGUGUGAGCAACAAAUAAUGCAAAUCCAUACGUUUUAAUAAAUAUAAUUUCAAUCACCAAAUAAUCCUCAAUCCAAUAAGUGUUAUUAACAAAAUGUCUUAAUUUGAUGGAUUUUAUCUUGAAGAUUUUUCUGUGCAACAAAUAUUUGAAUGAUAACAGACAUUAUUCAUGAGCUACCAUCAAAUUAAUUAUUACAAAAAUAAACAAAAUUUUGGUAACAAAUUCGUUCCCGUUUGAAAAUUAAAAAUUUUCAAAACUUCGGCGAAAGACUUUGUGGUCCCUAUAUAGCUCUGAGAUCAAAUAUUUAUUAAAUUAUAUAGUAAUAACACUUUAUUUAUGUAAAAACAUUCAAUUUAUACUUUUUUUUUGUUUUUUUUUUUUUUUUAAUUUAAAAACGCCAAAAUUAUAAAAAGUUUUUUUUAAAAAAAAGAAAAUAAGUAAUAAAAUAUAGUGAAAAAAAAAAAUAGUUUAUAGUUUUUUUUUUAUUUUUUAAACAACGAGCAAGGUGAAGAAGGUUUGCAGCAUAAACGCGAGUCGUUCUAAAAAAAUAUGAAAAACCGAAUUGACAAUAAUUGUUUAGGCAUUGAAUAACUUUUGAACAAAUCGACGUUGAAAAAUUUUAUAAAGCUCAAAAAAUUCUUAAUUAAAUUUCUGAGAGCCAUACUGUUUUCAAACAAACCGUUAAAAUCAAUCCUUCAUGGUUAUUUUUUCAUUAUAAGACAGUGCAUAGUACUUAUUGUUAUAAACAAUUGUUGAUGACUCAUUAAUUUGAGCCCAGAGCUAUUUUUGUGCAACAGUAAUCCCUGGUGGAAAUAAUUUCUCCGGAAAUCCUCCGUUCAAUUCCGGAAUCACUCCGUAUUGCUUUGGAAUUGGCCGAUUCAAAUUCCGGACAGCUCAAAAAGUGUAUUUAUUCGUGAUAUUCAUCAUUUUUUUGAUCCAACAAUAUUUAAUUUUUGACAAAAAUAUUUUAUUCGUUUAUUAUCCUUCAUUUUACCUAAUAACUCGAGUAUUUUGAAAUUGCUACGGAAUUCUCCGUACUUUUUCGGAGUGAGUCAAUUCCGGAAUAAUCCGGAGUAAUUCCGGAAUAAUCCUUUAUUAUACAAUACGAUUUGGUACACAGAUCAACUGCACCAGCACGUUUGUCGGUCGAAAAAUCCCAGAAAAAUUAUCUGAACAGAGGAAAAGGGCCUUCAAGACUAAGCGUGCACGCUACAAUCCAAUGUUACGUGCACGUAACAAUCCAAUUCCGCUUUGUAAAAUUCCAACAUUCACUUAUACAAUAUUGUGUUGUAAAUUUCUAAUUCUGCUUUAGGAAAUUCCAACAAUCAGUUUUACAAUAUGGUAUUGUAAAUUUUCAACUCCAUUUUGUAAAAUUACAAUAUUCAAUUUUACAACACGGUUUUGUAAACUUCCAAUUUUUCUUUGUAAAGUUACUACGUUUGGAAAAUUACAAUAAAAUAUUUACAAUAUGGUUUUGUAAUUUUUCCAACAUGCUUCCGGAAAAUAGCUUCCAUAUCUUUUUGGUAAAAUCUAUCUAAAUAUUUUUAUCAGUGUGUAAGACACUUUAAGGUGUUACCCGCGCAUAUCUAGAGACCUCUUUCGGAUAGCGUUUAGAAACAUAAUAUUUCUAUGAGUGCGAAAGAAAUAAAAAAGAAGAAGAAAAUCUUGUUUCUCACUUCCACUCAAGUAUUUAGACAAAGACAAAAAUUUAUUUUUAUUUAUUGUAAAAUAAAAAGGUCUCAAAGCCCUAUUGAUUUUUAUAUCAAAAAUUUCCUUUUUUUUUCUUUUAUAAAUCUCUAGUUUUUGGUAAAUCUGUAAUUGUUUUUCUCAAAAUAGCUAACCAGGUAAUGGACAACUAAACUUGGCUCUCCGUAAGACCCUAUGAUUAACCUUUAAAAAAGUAGUCGACUUUAACAAUUAUUUAAAAAAUAAGUAGUUACAACAAAAUUAACAAAAAAUUCAAGAUUGCGUAUUGUUAUUUCAAGAAUUUACUACAAAAAUUUCAGCAAUAGUUCAUUGUUUUCUACCAGCACUGGUAACGCCUUAAGCUACGUGUCUAAAUAUAUAUUCCAAUUGUUGUUAAAGAUAAUAGUCUUUUUAGCAAAUGAACUAUAUAAAGUGAUUGGGCCGGUUUUCUCGUCCAGAAUUAUAGUUAUAUGUAUAUAUUACUAAAAAUUGAAAAAAUUUAACUAAUGGUUAGUUAACUUAUGGAUUUGAUUACCGUUGGCGUUAUAAUAUAGUUAAAGUACUGAAAAUCAAUCGGCCCUCAUCAUUUCUACAGUAUGUCUUAUAUAGUUUUUGUUUUAUGAGAAUUUAUUUUCAAUCACUCUUGUUUAUUCUUGAAACAAUUAAUUUGACGAUAGCUUAUAAAAAAAUGAUCAUACAGUUGCUGAAGCAACUGUGCCUUCCCUGCGGGGGAAUUUUGAUUUUUUUCUUUUUCAAUAUAUAUCGAAAUUCGUGACUACAAAUUUGUUUCAUUCUCCAUCGUUACAAUGAUUAUUGUUACAACUAAAAAUUAUUAAGUUUUCAUUCAUUUUGCUUGUUCCUUCUAAUGGGUCAUCUUCAUGUCCAGAAUCGCUUUCUUCUAACCUUUUAAACUCUCUGUUUUUAUUCAUUUUGUUGUACCAUGAUUUUAGCUUGUCAAUGUUAAAUAUUUAUUACAAAAUUGUCGAGUUCGAUUGUAUUUAUUUUAUUUACUUUUUUCCCUCGGUUGAAUCAGGAUUAAACGUUUUAGUUGCUGAAGUCGUCGUUAUAUUUUUAAUUUUUUUAUAUUCAUUUAUUUUCAAUUCCUCUAAUGCUAUCACAUCACCCUUUUUUCCCUCAAAAUUUUCUGCCUCUUCAUUCCAUAUGGUUAGUUCAAUCUAAAAUAUAUUUUCUUUGGUAAAUUUAAUAUCAUUAUUUAGUUUAAUCAAACUUUUUUUCAUUUGAAUUUUAUUUUACUUCAUAAUCACUGUCGUCUGCUAAUGUUAUUGUUCUUUAUUUUAAUGACCGUCCUGACAUUGCAUAUAUAAAUUCCGUUUCAUUUAUUGCUAUUAUGAUUGCGAUGAUAUCUAAAUAAUGUCAAUAUUACUAUUGAAUAAUUUUCUUUUUUUUUUUUUUUCGCUAAAAUAAUUUUACCUGCAAAUGAAUUAAUUGGUAGAUGUACGAUUUCUUGUAUUUUUUUAAACUCGAAAUUAAUUUUUGGUAUUAAUUAUUUAUUUAUUUUAUUUAUUUGUUAAGUAUUACGCCCUUGUCAUUUCGUACUUAUGGGCUACAUUAUAUAAGUUUUACAAUUACAAGUUUUUAGUUUUUCUUAAUAAUAUGUAUUAUUAUAUAUUUAAAGAGAUGAAUAUAUAUAUUGAUGAGAUGAACAUGUGGUAGUAGACAGUUGCUGAUGACCACGUGACGAUCUACGAUUGUGACAGAGUGCCAUAUGUAUAUGACGAUUCACGGCUGUAGCGGAGUGACACAUAGACUUCCACGUCGAUCCACAACCAGAUGAUCAGUAUUAAUGAUUAAUUUUCAUUUUCCUCAUCGUCUUCAAAUUUUAUAUUAGCUUCUACUGGUAUCAUUAUUUCUUUAUUAUUUAUUGAUGGGUACCAUUCAUUAAUUUUUCUCACUAAUCUUCCAGUAAUCGUAUAUAUUUUGUUUAACUUGAAUAUUUAAUAAUUUAUCAUGUUAAUAAUUUUUUUUAAAAUCUUUUUGUUGAAAAAUCUUGUAGAAAAAUAUGAUUUUUCCAUAAUAUUUUCCUAAUAUUUUCCUAUAAUUAUCGUAUUUUUCUUUAUAUUCAGUGAUUUUCAUUUGAUCUUUUCCUAUAUUUUCUUUCAUAUUUACUGAUAUUUUCCUAUAUUUAUCGUUUUUUUCUUUGUAUUUAGUCACUUUUUUAUAUUUUCUUUUAUAUUUACCGAUUUUUCUUUGAUAUUUUCCUAUAUUUUCCUUUAUAUUCGGUGAUUUUUCUUUUAUAUUUACUGAUAUUUUCCAAUAUUUAUCUUUUUUUUCUUUAUAUUCAGUGACUUUUUUAUAUUUUUCUUCAUAUUUACUCAUAUUUUCGAUAUAUAUUGUAUUGGUUAAGAUUAAGGGACUUAGAAAAUUUUUUAGGGGGGGUGUCUACCAUGGUUGGGGGGGGGGGGUCCAGAAGAAAAGCGAAAACAAUAGGAAAUUAAAAUUCCCUAAAAAUAUCUGUUAUCGUUUAAAUAUUUGUUGCAUAGAAAAUAUUUAAAAAAAAUUAAAAUGCAUAAAGUUAAGGUUGAUUCCCAGUCGCAUCACCGAACCAAUAUUUAUGCCACGAAGGGCCCGUAUAUCAAUAACGCUAUUUUUUAUUCCCGUGUCCUAAAAUUUUUUGUGGCGCCACUGAUGAAAAAAACAAAUUCUUUAGUAGUAUGUGUGUCGUGGCUACACACUAGCGAGCAAAGAUUACAUCGUACACUGAAGCCAUGCUUGUGUUCAUGUCUGUGUGCUGCGCUUCUCGCGAAAUUUUUGAAUUUCAAAGUUAUUUAUUUUUUAAACGCAGAAGACGAAAUUCUAAAAAUUUAUAUUAAAAAAUUUGUCUUUUCUAGCACUACAAACUGAUAGAAAUUUAACGUUUUCUGUUGCGUUUUGAAAAAGUUAUUAAUAAAAAUAUGAGAUACCGCCUAUACCUUGCUUGUUAAAGUUGUCAACUUUGACAGUAAAUAUCUCAAAAAAACCGAACAAAAAAAAAUUGAAAAAAAUUGACAAUGUAGAUAAUUAUUUCAUUUAAACAUAAGAUAAAAAAAAAAAAAAUCUGUUGCGAUUUCAGAUUUCCAGAAUCAACCUUAAGGGCUGGUUUUUUUAUAUAUUUAAUACUUCUAUAUUGCGCAUCGCCUAUGCUUUCCCAUAAGUGGAACGUUGAUACGAAGUAACGAGCCUUUAUGUUUAUAUGUGUUGGUCUUAACCCCGAAAUUAACAUUAGCAAGCUCAACUGUAAAGAGUAAGACAGAGAGAUAUUGUCUGCACCGUUUGAGACCUCAACAAAAUCAAGCCUAAUGCGCAAUAUAGAAGUAUCAAAUAUAUGGUUUUUU